UAUGUAAUUCUUGAGUUAAGUUCUCCGGCAAUAACCCAGCAAAUGAAAUUCAAUACGGUAUUUUCACCUCUAGCGUAUACAGCACCAACAUACACAGCAUCUACAGCACCAACAUAUACAACAACUAUACCUAUAGAAGCAGCUUUUACAAUGUCAACUUCUACAGUUCCACAACAGCAAGUUAUUCUAAUAGCAGGAAAUACACCUAUAUUACCAUUAAGCGAUGGUGCACAAAAUACCCAAAUAAUUUCAAUAGAUUCUCACAAUUAA